AUGACCACAGAACAAACAACCUCUUCUACUCAAAGUAUAAUAUCUGAGGCCACCAGCUCUUCUUCUUCUCAAGUAUAUAAGGCAACCUAUUCAGGUGUUCCUGUUUGGGAAUUUCGAGUGAAAGGUGUAGCUGUAAUGCGUCGAAAAAAUGAUGACUGGCUUAACGCAACACAAAUUUUAAAAGUUGCUGAUUUUGACAAGCCACAUAGAACAAGAAUAUUAGAACGUGAUGUACAAAGAGGUGAGCAUGAGAAAGUACAAGGAGGGUACGGUAAAUAUCAAGGGACAUGGGUUCCUUAUGAUAAAGGGGUAGAUUUAGCAGAACGAUAUAGGGUCAAAGAGUUAUUACAACCAUUAAUAGAUUUCAGACCUUCAUUGGAAAGUCCUCCGCUAGCACCAAAACAUAUUACUGCUGCAUCCAAUAGGCCUAGAAAGCCACGUGAACCCAAACAACCUAAAUCCAAACCCGCCAAACCUCGUUCUUCAAAGAAAGGCAAAGGAAAGGCAAACGAACCCGUUGAAGAAUUGAUAUCUUUGGAUACAGAACCACAAAUUAACAAUAAUGAUAUUGUUAGUGCACCAUCUACUACUACCAUAACAGCUUCAUCUGUUAUAUCAUCACCUAGUCAUACUUCACUUCAUUGGGCUGCUGCAAUGGCUAAUAUUGACAUGGUAAAUUUGUUGAUCAAAGCAGGCGCUGAUGCUGAAAGUAGUAAUAUUGUUGGUGAGACAGCACUUAUGAGAAGUGUCAUGUUUCCAUAUAAUUAUCAAAACAGAAGUUUCAAAAAUAUUAUACAACUUUUGGCAAGAAGUAUUGGCAGCGUUGAUUCUCGUGAUCAAACAGUGUUUCAUCAUAUAGCAGUUUUUGCCAAUAGCAGUAAGAUACAAGAAGAACCUGCAAAAUACUAUUUGGAAAUUUUAAUUUCACAAUUAACCCAACUCCCAGAUGAAAAAUACCGAAAAAGUAUCUUAAAUAGACAAAAUGUUGAUGGAGACACUGCUAUUAAUAUUUUAGCAAAAGCAAAGAAUAAACAGCUUGUCGAAUUGAUUUACCGUGCAGUUACUACUGUUACAGCAAACAAUAAAGUUUAUACUGCUACCCCUACAGUAGAUUCAUUUGUUCCUAUAGGAAAACAAAUUUUAGAGGAUCUUCGUUCUCCUUAUGUCGGUGAACUUGAGAGUAAGAAUAAUGAGAUAUCAUUAUCAUAG